ACCCACUCUCUUGUAGGAGUCGCAUCGUCCACCUCCCUCGAAACUGCGCAAGCCUUCAUAGCCAAAGUCAAGGCUCCACCCCCCUGCGUCCCCCAUGGCAGUUACGAAUCGCUACUUGCCUCUCCCGGCGUUGAUAUUGUCUACAUUGCCACCCCCCACUCCCACCACUUCCAGAAUGCCAUGGCUGCUCUCCACCUCGGGAAACACGUCCUCUGCGAGAAGCCCCUCGCUGUCAGCGGCGCCCAGGCAAAGAAACUCUUCGCGGUUGCUGAAGCCAAAAAGCGCUUUCUGAUGGAGGGUCUCUGGACGAGAUUUCUCCCAGCGGGCUUGGCGGUGCACCAGCUUAUUCGCGGCGGUGCUGUCGGGACGAUAACGCGUGUCUUUGCGGAUAAUAGCCUAGGCAUGGACCCGACGCAGGACUUCAUCACGGGAGAUAGAAUGCUUGCUCCCUGGCUGGCAGGCGGGGCGUUGAUGGAUUUGGCCGUCUACUCCCUCCACUGGGUCUUCCAAGCCAUGUCGCCAAGAGCAAAACCCCGAUAUCCCAUCAAGAUCUCAUCAGCCGCGACCCUCAAUUCGAACUCCGGCGUCGACGAAACAGUAACCAUCCUCAUGAUCCUCCCCCCUGCAGCAGAGGCAACAGAAGACCCCGCCAUCCUCGCCAUCGCUUCAGCGAGCCUCCGAGCCACAGACGAUCCAGACGGCCACACCCCCGUGGUGCGCAUCCAGGGCGACAAAGGCGAGAUUCAGGUUUUCGGGCCCCCGUGGCGCCCCUCGAGGGUGUGUGUUGUGGAGUGCGAGCAGGGGCCCAAGAAGGUGAGCAAGACUCACGAGGUGGAUGUUUCGUUCCCAAACAGGGUUUAUGGGUUGAGGUACGAGGCCGAUGAGGCGGCUAUGUGCAUUUAUUAUUUCAUGAAGGAGAGCAUGACUGUCCCAUGGGAAGAUACGCUGUUGAGAAUGAGGGUGUUGGAUUCAGUGAGGAGGCAGAAUAGGAUCGUUUUCCCCGCGGAAGUUGAGUCUGUGGACUAUCCAGUGGCCUUGCCUACGAAGACGAGGAAGUAG